AUGAUUUCUCUAUCAGCUUUCGUGACCAUUUACGUCGCUUUGACGUCGAUCUCGAUUCGUGCACAAUCAUUACCUUCUAACAUGACCACAAAUCUUACUGUUGUCCCAGUUACGGAAUUCAAGGCUGGUAAGAAUUACAUCGCUGGUAUUCGCUCUACAAGAGGCGGUAAAAACUUUUGUCUGGGUGCUCUCAUCAGUCCUUCUCACGUUUUAACUACAACAACAUGUAUUACACACAAUAUUCGUUGGGUCUCACUUGGUUCGAAUACAACUUCUGGUACAAGUAGUGGAGAACAGAUCAAGGUCGUCGCCAUGUUGGUUCAUCCUCAAAAUAACGAUUUUCGUAAUGACUUUCUCAUACUCGAGCUUGCUUUAGCAACAGAUUUCAAGCCAGUGAUGUUAGAUCCACCCAAAUCAAUUGUAAAAUCAGGAAUGAAAGGUGGUCGACUUGGUUGGAAUGACACUACCGCAGCAGCUGUCGAGUCUCGUUAUAUGCAAAGUGUCGAAGUGACUUUCGUAAGCAAUAAAAAAUGUUCAAAAGAUCUUUCGAUUCAUAAAUCAAAUUUCUGCUCUCGUGGAUAUCCAGGUGUGAAAUCUUGUAUGGGUGAUAAAGGUGGUGCUAUCAUUGUGAAUGUGGAGAAUCUUGACAUUCUUGUUGGAUUAGUUAGUAGUAAUGAACAUUGUGGUCAAAUUGGUGGUAUGAACGUCUACUCUCGAGUAUCUGCUGUGCGUCCAUGGAUCGAUUCAAUCAUUAGCAACAUUUGCGUUGAUUAG